CGCGCCAAAGUGGACGCGCGAAUUUUCCUCUCUCCGUUUCGUGAGAUAACAUAAGUACCGUAUAGUUAACCCUUGGUGCACGUGUGAGACAUUUCACCGAAAUUUUCAUGUCGCGCGAAACUGUGCUUGCUCCCCUUGGCAGUGCCAGGAGACAGUGGAGCUCUCGACGUUGAUCUGUCGUUCCACCCUCGCAGCACCACACCGAAAGUGAACAAAAGAGUAAAGUAACGGAAUAGAGUGUGAGGAUAGGCUCACAGAGACAGCAAUGUUGGCAUUACGGGAGGAGGCUGUGUCAUCGGGGCCAACGGGCCCUUCGUCCGUCACUUGGUUUUAUUUGAGCUUCGAAUUUCUCUUGGGACUCGCCGUUUCCGGAUUCCUCGUCCUUCUCGCUGCAGUCAAGUCUGCACUACCCAAGCCACCCCGUGACCUCACCGGUGACGUCGUGCUGGUAACAGGAGCCACCUCGAGCUUAGGCUCGUCGCUGGCCGAGGAGUUCGCCCGAGGGGGCUGCUCGGUGAUCUGCGUGGACGGGGCCGAGAGCAACGUCGAGGAGACGGCUUCGCGCGUACGCGCCCGAUACCCGGGGAUGGAGCGGAUCGGCCCGAGGUACCGGGACGCCAAGGGAGUAACGUCGAGGGUACGGCGCCCACUGGCCAAUGGCGGGUUGGCAUAUCGCUGCAACCUCUGGGACAGGGACGAGAUAAAGGAGUUGGCCGAGAAGGUCAGGGAGGACGUGGGCCGGGUAGACGUGCUCGUCACCUGCGCCGGCAGUUCGGGCCAGGGGCUCCUCGACACCAUCAGCCAGACCCUCAUGAGCCACUACUGGACGGUACUGGCCUUUCUGCCGUCGAUGCUCAACCGCGAGAGAGCCCACGUCAUUGGAGUCACGCCAAGCGUUUCCACGGAGGACGCCUACAUGGGCUCGAAAGCCGCGAUCGCAGGAUUGAUGGAGAGUCUCGGGGAGCAGUUGAGCGGUCGCGGGAGUAGACUGACGUUUAUGACUGUGGCGCCGAGAGCCGAGCCGAGGUCGAUCGAGCAAAACGAGCGGGAAAUCGCCAAAGGAGUCGUACAGGCCGUCCAACGGGAUAUGUGCUGCAUCAGCACGACCUGGAGCUCCAAGGUGUUUUAUCAGCUCAGCUGUAAGCUGUACGCGGGAAUAACGGCGUUCACGAGGUGGCUGGACACGUGAAAAUUCUCAAAUUCGCAUCACGAAGGGGGGAGGGGGUGUGGUGUGUACCAGACAAUGGAAAAAGCACACAAUGCGAGGUAUCACCACAGCCACGAGUACUUAUUUAAAAAAAAAAGAAGAAAAAUGUGGUGAAUAAUAUCACAAAGCACAUACAUAUAUUUAUUAUCUAUAGCAAAGUAAGGUUGAUUUAGCGUUUGUUUGUUUUUUGUAUGAAUUUCUCGUAGAGGUACGAAUCGCAUUGUCGUCUAAAAUAACAAAAUAAAAGCUCCCACUCGGACGCUCCGAGAUGUUGAUGCAAG